CGUCUCCCCCGUCGAUCGCGUCGCGUCGCGUCGCGUCGCAUCGCAUCGCGACGCCUACGUAGCACCGAUCGCCGACGCCGGCCGGCCGGUUUCAUCCGUCCGUAUGCGCGUUUGUUCGCUGCGUUCGUCGCGUCGUUGCGUACGACGCCGCGCGUACACGAAACCCGGGACCUUCGAGCGAGUCAAGGUCGCCACCGUGCGCCGCGACGCCCGCGACUCGCAGGGUCACUCGCGUGCCGCAACGUUGCGUGAAAGUGCGCGCCAGGCCAAACCGGUGGCUUCGAUGACGAUGACGAGGAUGACGACGCGCGUGUCGGGAUAGUCGCAUUUGUGGUGUGAGUUUUGAGAACCGCCAAUGUGCGAGAGUGAUCGAAAGGGUUGACGAUCUCCUGCGCGUACGACUUGAAGCUUAAUUUAGGCUGGAAAUUUCGAGAGCGUAUAAGGCUCAUCGUGGAGAUUGCAAGAAUCUGAAAUAUAGUAAAGGAAGCGAAAGGAAAUGAACGCAAGGAAGAAGCAAAGUGUUUGUUUGACCAGAUAUAUAUCUCGCCAAAAUACGAUUACGAUCGGGAUAAUAAUCGAAAUUGGAAUAACCGGCAGAGGAUUGGAAGAACAAGACUAAGGGAGGGUGGCCGAGGGUCGUUGAUCGAACAAGGACACGCUAGAGUCCUUUGGUGCACCUGUCGCCCGACGACUGUUUGUGCGAACGUAUCGAUUCGGGUACCGGCGGCGAUGCAGUGAACGAGACAGAGAGAGAGAGAGAGAGAGAGAGAGAGAGAGAGAGAGAGAGGACGGGGAAAGGGGGAAGGUAGAGCGAGAGAGACGAAACAACGCGUCGGUGCAAAUAGGAGACCGUCCGGAAACUCGUUUAAUCGAAAACUCGCCUUCUCGUCUCCUCUUGUGCAGCGCGAUGAUGUGAAUUGGUUCGUACGACGAAUGACGAGCGAUGGCAGGAUACACGAGGUCCUUUUGAUUUAUCCGCCGGCGAUUCAAUUUCACCGUUGCGCGGGAAUAAAAUAGUGCGCGCCGGCAAACAUGAGCGGUUGCUGCUGAACAUUGAUCGCCGACAGGGACGAGGAACCUUACGCAACGUUGGGAAACGUGUGCAUACAUCUAGCUGAACCAGUCUCAUCAUCGUUAGUGUGGCUAGUGACUAGUUGACUUGAUCUCCGCGCCUUCUUCUACCUAUACGGAUAGCCGGCUGAUAAGUGGUGGGUGAUGAUAAGUGACCCACCGUUUCGAAUGAAGUGGUUUUAGGAUGAUGGUGGAGCGUGUCGAGGAUCACCUCUUCAUGUAUCGACGCCCCGUCUAUCGCGUCUUCCAGUACCUCGAAACCACCGACCAUGAGGGAAUGAGCACUGGAACAGGAGAUGGAGGUGGAGGCGGUGUCCAGAGUAGCGGCGGCGGUAGGAAUACACCGCCGCAUGGUUCACCCACCCCCAUGGAUAAGGCGACCUUAAAGGUUCAUCUUCCCAACGGUGGCUUCAACGUCGUCAAAUUCAUCGAUGCGAUCGAUGUUGGAGGUAUCAUCUCUCUGGUCACCAGUCGACUAGCUGUCGGUGCCAGACACUACCAGAAUCUGUACGCGAUGAGGCUUCACCAUCCCGGAUCCGGGGAGAGUUAUUGGUUGCAUCAGGAUACAACGAUGUAUCAGGUGCAGGAAAAAUACGAACGGAAACAUCCUCAUAGUGAAUGGAGAUACGAACUCCGAGUGCGUUACCUGCCGCAAAACCUCAACGAUCUUUACGAGAAGGACAAGGUCACGUUUCACUACUACUACGAUCAGGUACGAAACGACUACCUGUGUGCGAAUCACGCCGCUCUGGAUCAAGAUGUCGCGGUUCAGCUGUGCUGCUUGGAGAUUCGCAAGUUCUUCAAGGAUAUGCAGCAAAUUGCACUUGACAAAAAGAGCAAUUUGGAAUACCUGGAGCGCGAGAUCGGCCUGCACAAAUUUCUACCGCGCUCCGUGUUAAACGGCAUGAAACCGAAAGCGCUCCGAAAAUUGAUACAGCAACAUUUUAAGAAAGUUGCGGCGUUAUCCGAGCCCGAAUGUAUGUUCAAAUUCUUCGACCUGCUGCGCUCGCAUUAUCGAUUCGAUCAGGAAAGGUUCAUAUGCGCCUUAGGGUCAAGUUGGUCAGUACCCGUGGAGCUAGUCAUCGGACCGGACCUGGGCAUAUCUUACAUAACUCAUGGAGGUGGGCCAGUGCCGACCAGAAUGGCGGAAUUCUCGCAUAUACAAUCUAUUCAGACGUUAGUCGCGGAUUGCAAGGACCACGCGAAGGCGUGUAUUAAAUUGAAAGUCGCCGGGGCCGCGGAGAUUCUCAGCAUCACUUGUUCCAGUCUGGACCAGGCGGAGAGUCUCGCGGAUUUGAUUGACGGAUAUUGCAGACUGGUCACUGGCAAUAACACUUCGCUGUGGAAUAGGAAAGCUGGGUCGUGGAAGAAUUAUCCCUGUCCGUGCAAAGACGCGAAAGCGCCAAAAUACAGACAAGAUGGUGCCAGCAGUCCCGAGAAGAACGCCGGUAAGACUGGGACCAUCUUGUCGGAAGAUUAUGCAGAAAUUGUCGACGAGGAAGGGGAUUAUUCGACGCCAGCCACUCGGGACUACGAGAUAAUACGAAAUCAGGUGGAAUUAGGUGAAAUCAUAGGGGAGGGUCAAUUUGGUAACGUUCACAAGGGCUCGUACAAGGGGAGAGAUGGCCAAACUAUCGCCGUCGCCGUGAAGACCUGCAAGGUCGACGCCACGGCCGACAAGUUUCUCGAGGAAGCUUACAUCAUGCAGCAGUUCGAGCAUCCGCACAUCAUCCGAUUAAUCGGAGUCUGCUCCGAGGGGCCGCCAAUUUGGCUCGUGAUGGAACUGGCUCGACUCGGAGAAAUGCGCGCUUAUCUGCAGUCCAACAAACAUCGUCUGGAUCUCGCUACGCUUCUAUUGUACACCUUCCAACUAAGCACCGCCCUGUCAUACCUCGAGAGCAAGAAGUUUGUGCACAGAGAUAUCGCUGCGAGAAACGUGCUGGUCUCGUCGCAUAGUUGCGUCAAGCUGGCGGAUUUCGGCCUCAGUAGAUGGGUAGAAGAUCAGAGUUACUACACCGCCAGCAAAUGCAAACUGCCAAUCAAAUGGAUGGCACCGGAGAGUAUAAACUUUCGAAGAUUCACGACUUCGUCCGACGUUUGGAUGUUCGGCGUGUGUAUGUGGGAGAUUCUAAUGUUGGGCGUAAAACCAUUCCAAGGAGUGAAAAAUAACGAAGUGAUCCGCAAGCUGGAAAACGGGGAGAGACUCGCGCUCCCUAAUCACUGCCCACCGAGAUUAUAUUCCCUGAUGUCUCAGUGCUGGAGUUACGAGCCCAGCAAGAGACCAACAUUCAAGGAGAUCAGGGAAACUUUACAUGAGAUUUUGUUAGAGGAAAAGCACCAGCAGCAGGAGACAAUGCGACGCGAGAACCGGAGAGUACAGGCCAUGUCUUGGGGUGCUGAUGAUGUGCCGCCGCCGAAACCCUCCCGGCAACCGCAGAACACGACGGAACAAUCUCAGCUAACUGCCGCGGCGCCGUCCACGUAUAUCGUGGCGCAGAGUCCCGAGGUUCUCGCGCAACUGCUCAAGGAUAACCAGACCAGAGGGGUAUGUCCCUCCGUGUACACGACACCCGCGUCCCCCUUCAACACCCUGGCGGUGCAGUUUCAGGACGAGGAUCAAGUCCUGACCACCGCCGUCGUCUCCGACCUGCCUUUCUUCGACCCCGCGCUCUCCGAACCAUCCGUCACGCACGAUACCCAGUCAGGCGAUUCUACCCUGUCCGACACCAACCUAGACUCCCUCGACUCCGCGGACAACGCUCCCCUCAUGUCGAGCCUGAGCAUUUCAGACACGGCGCAGACGCAGUCGCCCGCCGCCAACCGAAAGCAGCAGAAGGUUAAAGAGAUGCAAAACUUGUAUGCGGUUAGCUCAAAGGUGGUCGGUAGCGUCACGGGGGACCUGUAUUCCCCCGUGCAGAAAUUCCCCGCGUCCACUAGCGCCGUGGCGGCCGCCGGCGGUGCCGUGACCGCGAUUGCGACUGGCAACGCCUGCGGCCCCGAGAUAUACGGGCCGGUCGCUAGUUUCACCCAGAGCUCGGCUAUCGUUGGUAAUCUCAGUCAGAGCGCUAGCGUAGGUGGUAAUUACGGUGAGAAUCCCGGGAACUAUGGUCCUAGUAGUUUGGGCAGUGUUGUCAUGCCGGGUAGCAAUCAGGCGCAGUUCGCGAGCGGCUCGCAUGCUCAAGGCCAGCCUAUACUCUACGGUAAUUUUGCGGCUACUAACAGCACUAGUCAGGUGUCAUUCCCCAAUGGUCAGUCUUCGAGCCAGAAUACGAAUGGCGUGCGGCAGAAUGUUAGCGGUAACAGCAACACCAGUAGCAAUAGCAGCAGCGGUGGCGUUGGUGGUAUCGGUGUUGGUGGCGGUGGCGGUGGUUGUAGUAGUGGUGGUAAUAGCAGUAGUGGCAGUGGCGGUGGCGGUGGCGGUGGCGGUGGCGGUAGCGGUAGCGGUAGCGGUGGCGGUGUUGGUGUUGGUGUUGGUGUUGGUGUUGGUGGUAACGUCAACGUCAACUUCACUGCUGGCGUUGUUUAUCCUCGUAACAUCAGCUCGGCUAAUGUAACUAGUUCCACGUCGAGCGUAGAAUGUCUGUACGGUCCGGUUUUGAAAUUCCGUGCACAAAACACCCCGUCCCAACCGAUCGGUCCAGUCGAGUUGAAGCCAGUCAACGCGACAGCUAGCAACUACGGCCAAACUGGAAGAAGCAGCCUGGUCUACAGUGCCACCCCGGUGCAGAGCCUGCAGUCGCAAUCGGCGUAUCCACAAAAUUAUUCACACCAACAGAUCUAUUCGAAUAUCGCUCAGCUGGGACAGCAGAGCGUGUACCUGUCGCAGAUGCAACAUGUGCAAAAUAUCACGCGGCAGAGCGCCGUUCCGCAGGCAGUGUCGUAUGCAGUGAUACAGCAUACGAAUCAGCAGCAACAGCAGUCCCAAUUGGCCGGUCCCAAUCCGAUCUACACGGCCCACGCCACAUCCGUGUCGGUGGUUCAGGCGCAAAAGAUGCAUGUGCCGGGUUACACUCAGCAAGUACCAGCUGGCAUCGCCGGCCAGCCAGCUGCUUGUCAAGUGAUUGGUUCUAAUCAGCCAGCGAGUCUCCCUAUAAUGCAGACCUCUUCGAUUCAGUCGCACUUCGUGACACCAUCUGCCGUAAUCUCGCAGAGCAUUCAUCCGAUUUCAUCCGGAUAUAUCGUGGACCAACAGCAGCAGCAGCAGCAGCAGCAGCAGCAGCAGCAGCAGCAGCAGCAGCAGCAGCAACAACAACAACAACAACAACAACAACAACAGCAACAACAACAACAACAACAACAACAACCGAGCUCCCUUGGCCCGAUAGAUCACGCUCAAAUGCACGCCAAUAUCAGCAAUGUAAUAACAGGUACCGUCGUCAGCAACAUCAGUGCGCAUCAGCAACAGCAAAUAACGCAGCCUCAGAUGACGAGCGGCGUUGCGAAAGCCGCGAAUGUGCCGUUAAUGGCGACGGGGGUUGCAAAGAUCACCACGUUUGUGGCACAAAAGCAAGACGAGCAGUUGACGAGCUCGACAGACGGCACGCUUUCUGGAUCACUGAUUUCGUCCGCUGUCAGCGACAGCACCAUGUCGUCUAGCAGCUCUAUGACAGAGGAGGCACAACAAGAUCAGCAGCAGAGGAACGCGCAUUCGCAAUUGUUCGACAAUCUGACUGAUUAUUUCAACAGUGGCAUUGACGACGAGCAAAAGUUACUGGAGCAACGACUGCUGGAGCAGCAACGGCAGUCUGAGGAGGACAGUCGAUGGCUCGCGAGAGAAGAGAAACGCUUGUCGAUCGCAACGAGUGGUGAUGAAAGCGCUAGUCCCCCGGUUCCACGGUCAGUCACUCAGUCACCAAGUCAUGAACCGCAUUCAGCUAAUACUGGCUCUCUUGGUUCGGACAAGGGUUCCGACAAAGUAAUCAUAGUGAAGAAAAUGGAGCCCACACCCACUGCAGAUUUAGACAGAACUAACGAUAAAGUAUACGACUGCACGACAAGCGUUGUUCGUGCAGUUAUGUCAUUAUCACAAGGUGUUCAACAGAGCAAGGCUGAUCAGUAUUUAGAACUAGUACAUAGAGUAGGUAUCGAAUUGAGAGCACUGCUAUCUUCGGUGGAUGCUCUUGUAGAAAUAUUGCCAAUAUCCGCGCAUCGCGAGGUAGAGAUGGCACAUAAAGUAUUAAGUAAGGACAUGGCGGAGCUCGUGGCCGCCAUGAAGCUGGCACAAAACUACAGUACCACUACAUUAGAUGCUGAAUAUCGGAAGGGAAUGCUUUCUGCAGCUCACAUCUUAGCAAUGGACGCUAAGAAUCUCUUAGAUGUGAUUGAUUCUAUCCGUAUUCGCUAUCCGUACGUGGAUAGUCAGAUUUGUCAGAGACAGAGCGACGUUGUUAACAUGACACGGGAGUCCACCCCUGAGAAUCGCAUUCGCUCGAGUCAGUCCGGUGAACAGUUUCUAAGGAGAAGCCAGUCGAGCGAGCGACAGGCGCCAACCUUUCGACAAAGCCAAAGUGGUGACCUGUUGCACAGAAUGAGCCAGUCCGUGGAUCGAUCUUCGCCGGCAAGUCAGUCCGAUGUCAAUUCCGGCAGCAGCUUAGAGAGAAAGCAUAACAUGGUGACCAACAGCCUCGAGCGUAACUCCACUGCGAGGAGACAGAUAGCUACCAAUAGUUUAGAAAGAAAGAGACCGUCACUAACAUGUAACGUCGGGCCUAUGAAUAAUUCCGUUAAUCUACCGUCGAUGGUUCCGGUCACUUGCAAUUUAGUGCAGACCGUGAGCCCCGUCAUACAUCCGAGCCAGUCGGUCACAACGGGUGUCAGUCAGCAGGUGUUUGCGGUCAACAGCAAAGCUACAAACGAGACUCCGAUAAAUGACAGCUAACAACGAGGUGCCUUGAAUUGAGGACUACUUCGGAUCAUUCGCUUAGUAUGUAUAUAAAUAGACACGGCAUCCUACCAAGUUACCCGUGUAGUUACACAUCUACACGAAUUACUUACUUCAACAACGGGAGAUCUAGUGUUUGUGCUUCUUAGCUCUUUUUAACAAUUUAAUUAAAUAUGCAGGAAAUUUGCAUAUAUCAGCGUACUUAUAGAUAGGAGCAGUAUUCAUUAGUUGUAGCAGUAGGGAGGUUUAUCACUAGAGAAUUUAAGUCACAGCUACAAUGAAAUAUCGCAACUCCAAAGCUUUAGAAUUAUCGUUACCACUUGUUACAUGAGAACUACAUGUACGAGGUGACGCAAAGAUAAGUUUUGCCGUGCGCGCAAGUAGUAGGUGUUUACACGCGCGAUUUACUCGAUUAUUAGCGUUAUCAACGUUAUCUAACGAGAAACGUGUCUCUCGCAUUCAUUUACUAUUCGCAUUAGUGCCGCAGUAGUGCAGUUGAAUUCACAUAGAGAUUGAAUGAAGAUUUUUUAGUUUCAUUUGUGUCAUCUCGUAGUCGGUUGACGAUAUAUAUACAUACAUGCAAACGUAUAUUAGGGCGUGCGUAUAUGUGUAUAUGUUUAUAAAUAUAUAUUUAAACGAACGAAUUCUCUCUUCAAUCAAUAUUACGCGAGAAUAUAAUUUCUUGUAGACAUAACGACUUAUAAUGUUGUUUUUAAUACAAGUUCGUAAUUUCAUAGUCUAUUUCCUACGUAUAGGAGUAUACUCUGCGGAGGGCGACUAUAAUGUUGUAAAAAGAGCGGGCGAAUUGUAUGUUAUUUCUAUUAGAUAAUUAUUUAAUGAUUCGUACCUUUUUGCGACGUUUAUACGAAAUGUUUUAUAAGAGGCAAGAAAAGAAAAAAAAAAAAACAAAAACCACCUUUCAGCGGCGAGUCAGUUCCUACGAGACGAUAUUUUUAAGAAGUUUCAUCUUUACAUAAAGGAGUAUCAUUAAUGCAUUCUUAUCGAUGCAUUUGCAGCGAUACAUGUGAGCAUACGUACGGCAUAUUUGUCGUAUUAAAUCAUCGCAUUCAGAUAUUCUAAAAGCGAAAGAAAAGAUACACAUUUUUCUCUUGUGUUCCUGGGAUAGCUCAGCCUCUCGCCUACUCGCCUAGGAAUACCCUUCAUAUCCCGGGACAUUAUGCGCAUCAUUAUAUUGACACAUCUUGCUUGUAUCGUUAUAAUUGGCACGAAAGAAAACUCUUGUAGUUUGUGAAAUGUAAAUUCAGUAUAUUAUAAAUGGUAUGUGGCUUUAAAGAUUCAUGUGCCAAGGCGUGCUUGUAUGCUCGAAAGAAACAAGAAUAUAACGUUUGCAUUGCAGAUUUCGUCGAGUUGAGAUGCGAAGUAAUUCUCGAUUUGCAAUGAGCAUUUAUAAUCAUCGACGGCACCUCUUUCCGUCGGAAGCAUAUGCGGAAGUUUUUCAGCUUAUGUUGCGAGAGAGCGCAUAUACGAAUGAUACUUACUGCACUAUAUUUGAGAAAAACGAUUAACGAUUAACGUUCGGGCCAAUCACCAAUUUAAUCGAUGUGUUUUAUAAAAACGGCAUGUAUACAUGUUUCCUACAGCAGUCUUCUUAUCACUUUUAUUCCAUAUAUUGAAUUGUAUUACUUACUGUUGCGAAUAUUUCUCUCUGGUUUGCAAGAGACAUUAUAUUAUAUUAUAUUCUACAAGUUACAAACUCAUAUACAAAUUUGGUUUUCAAAUUUACUUGUAUAAAGUUUAUACUUACAUGGAUAGCUUUUUCUCGCGCGCGCGCGCGUGUGCGUGUGUGUGUGUGUGUGUGUGCGCGCGCGCGUGCGCAAUGUACUUUUACGCAUUGUUUCCCACAGCAUUAUUCAUAAACGAAACGAUUUCAUCUUCUACUUGAUAUCAUGCAUUAAUGUAAAUUUUUUCAUUUUUCAUUUGACACAUAAUAGCUCGUAACAAAAUCGCAUCCAAUUUAGGAAUGACCCAGGUUUAUUAUUCAACUCACUGCAUUUGCGAGGAACACGUUAUAUUCCAUUGUAUAACUAUUGAUAAUGUCAGGCGCAUUAAUGAAAAAUUUCGCAAGCAAUAGCGGAAUGCUUCUAUGAUAAAACGGCAAUUUCAUAGUCAAUGCGAAGAGAAUUGUUGGCCAUGAAAAUUGAUAAUUAUUCUCUAAUAUAACAUUAUGGUCUUUUAAGCGGUGGGAUACCAACAAUGUACCACCGAUAAUGACGCUAUUAUAUCGGUUAAGCAAGAGACGAUAAAAAUAAAUCAUAUGUAAUCUCAUUUCUCUCAUACUAAAAAUAUUUAUAAAUUGUGUAAAUGUAACUAUGUAUUGUGACCACGAGUAAAAUAAACUGCGCGUAUGAUUUCAACA